AACCCGGUUAGAAUUCGAGACGAAAAUGGAAGAACACCACGCAAGCUGAAGUAGUGUUAUCUCCAUCCAUGUCCGAAAACCACUAAUGGCGCCAUUGCUGGGUAAUGUGCUUCAUCUUCGUCCGCCAUUUUCACUUCCCAUCAGCAUCAACUGUUGCAACUUCACCACUAAUUCAAAGCUCCCAAACAUUCGAACAUUAUCAAGGAGGAGUUCGAUCUUUCUUUCUGCUUCUUUUCUCACUUUGUUUCUUAAUCUCAACCCCAAUUCAUCAACGCCUUUGCUUUCUGCUAAUGCCCAAGAAUUGGAUGAACAAGAAGAAUCCACUGUUGUCCGCCUUUUUCAGGAAACCUCACCAUCUGUGGUAUACAUUGAAGUGCUAGAACUAAUGAAUAGCUCCAACAAGGCAAAGGAAGCCUUUCUAGCUGACGAAAGUAGUGCAAAAGUUGAGGGGACAGGUUCUGGCUUCCUCUGGGACAAAUUUGGUCACAUUGUUACCAAUUACCAUGUCGUGGCUAAGUUGGCAACUGAUCAAAGUGGACUGCAGUAUUGUAAGGUGACUGUAGGAGAUGCAAAAGGAAAUAAGAUUUCAACUGAGGCCAAGAUCAUCGGUUUUGAUCCAACAUAUGAUCUGGCUGUUCUUAAGUUUGAUCCUCAGGGAAAAGAGUUAACGCCUGCUCUUAUAGGAACAUCAAGUAAUCUGCAUGUCGGCCAGAACUGUUUUGCUAUUGGGAAUCCUUAUGGUUAUGAAAACACUCUAACAACUGGGGUAGUAAGUGGUCUGGGCAGAGAGAUACCAUCUCCAAAUGGACAGGCCAUUCGAGGAGCCAUACAAACAGAUGCUGCUAUUAAUGCUGGAAACUCAGGAGGGCCAUUGAUUGAUUCAUAUGGUCAUGUCAUUGGUGUGAAUACUGCGACAUUUACUCUCAAAGGCUCUGGAAUGUCCUCUGGUGUUAACUUUGCGAUUCCAAUUGACACUGUAUUGCGGACUGUACCUUCUCUCAUUGUCUAUGGAACACCUUAUAGUAACAGGUACUAGGACUACUAGCUGAAUUGGUAUUGAAAUUGGGAUCUCUAAAAUUUCUUGUGAGUAAAAAUUCAAAUGUGAAGAUCGUUCUCGUUAGUCGUAAUUCAUAAAGCUUUCAACUGCUGGGUGACUGUUGCAUGCAUGCUCUCCUAUCAUUCUGUAAUUAUAUGCAAAUUUUUUGUAAAAAGAAAUUUGACAAGCAACUGAUUAAGGCAGUCACGUAUAUUUCAGAUACUUCUGAAGAAAGAUGUUAUAAAAUAAAUUCUGCAUUGCUCUUA